CGCGUGCGGGGCGGGCGCUGAGCGGCGCGGAGCCCGGGCCAUGGCCGGCCUGACCCUGCUGGUGCGCGGCCUGCCCGCCUCGGCCCGCGGCCCCGGCCUGGAGCAGCUCUUCGGCCAGCUCGGCCCGCUCAAGCGCUGCUUCGUCGUGACCCACAAAGGCAGUGAGACCUGCCGUGGGUUUGGCUACGUCACGUUCUCCCUGCUGGAGGAUGCCCAGCGAGCCCUCAGGGAGGUCACCACCUUCGAAGGCCAUGAGAUCAAGGUGGAUGUUGCGAAGAAGAAGCUGAGAGAGAAGAAGAAGCAGCGGCCAGACGCCUCGGAGAUCCCUCCAGAAGAGCAGAAGCCGAAAAAGCCGAAAGGGGCCCCCAAGAAAGCCAGGCUGAUCAUCCGCAACCUGAGCUUUAAGUGCUCAGAUGAUGACCUGAAGGCUGUGUUCUCUCCCUUUGGAGCUGUGCUGGAGGUUAACAUUCCCAGGAAAGCAGACGGGAAGAUGCGGGGCUUUGCCUUCGUUCAGUUCAAGAACAUCCUGCAAGCGGGGAAGGCCCUGAAAGGGAUGAACAUGAAGGAGAUCAAAGGGCGCACAGUGGCCGUGGACUGGGCGGUGGCCAAGGAUAAGUACCGAGCUACGCAGGCAGGACCUCCCUCUGGGGGCAGGGAGGAGAAGCCCAGCCAAGCCCAACAGCAGGACUCGGGCUCCGAGAACGCCAGCGAGGAGGAGGACGAAGAGGAAGGUGAAGUGCUGGGAUCGGAGGAGCCGUCCAGCUCGUGGGUGCCGGGACGGCUCGGGAAGGGCACAGCAGCUGCCCCUGCAGACAGCAGCGAGGAGGAGGAGGCCGGUGAGGCUGCAGAGGAGGGGAGCGAGGCGGAGAGGGAAGAGCCCGAGGGCUCAGACAAGAGCACCGUGGGCUCAGAGGAGGACGAUAAAGAUGCCGACGUGGCCGGAAAGAGGAAGAAGGGCCCGAAGCGGCCGUCCGACGUCGCCGAGGGGAGGACUGUCUUUGUCAGGAACCUGGCCUUCGACACGGAGGAGGAGGAGCUGGGCGAGAUGCUGGAGCGGUUUGGGGACCUCAAGUACGUCCGCAUCGUCCUGCACCCGGACACGGAGCAUUCCAGAGGCUGCGCCUUCGCCCAGUUCACCACCCAGGAAGCCACCCAGAAGUGUCUUGAGGCUGCUCAGGACGACAGUGAGGGUGGGGGACUGCGGCUGGGCGGGCGCCAGCUGCACCUGGACCUGGCCGUGAGCCGUGAUGAGGCCCAGAAGCUGCGAGCCCAGAAGGUGAAGAAGCCGACGGGCACCCGCAACCUGUACCUGGCUCGGGAAGGCUUGAUCCGGGCCGGCACCCAGGCCGCCGAGGGUGUGAGCACGACUGACAUGGCCAAGAGAGCACGGUUUGAGGAGCUGAAACGCCAGAAGCUGAAGGACCAGAACAUCUUCGUGUCGCGCACGCGGCUCUGCGUCCACAACCUGCCCAAGGCCCUGGACGACCAGCAGCUCCGGCAGCUUCUGCUGCAUGCCGCCGGCGGGGGACCGGGCCUGCGCAUCAAGGAGUGCCGGGUGAUGCGGAAUCUGAUGGCCCCGGCAGGGAAGGGCCUGGGCCAGUCUCUGGGCUACGCCUUCGUGGAGUUCGAGAAGCACGAACACGCGCUGGCCGCCCUGCGCCAUGCCAACAACAACCCGCACCUCUUCGGGCCGCACAAGCGACCCAUCGUGGAGUUCUCGCUGGAGGACCGCAGGAAGCUGAAGCUCAAGGAGCAGCGGGCCCAGCGCAGCCUGCAAAAGUUGAGGCAGAAGCAAGCGGCAGAGGGGCAAGGACCUCCCCAACGGACUGGGUCUACAGAGAUACUCCAGAAGCUGCCCCUGGGCCCCAAGAGGCAGAAGAAACCCAGGAAGCGGGGCCCCAAGGGGCAGGGAGACGUCCCAGGUCCCCAGGGGCAGAAGGACCCGAGGGGCCCCAGGACGCAGGGUCCUAAGGGGCAGAAAGAUGCCGCAGGUGCCCAGGGGCAGCAGAACCCCAGGAAACGGGGCCCCAAGGGGCAGGGAGACGUCCCAGGUCCCCAGGGGCAGAAGGACCCGAGGGGCCCCAGGACGCAGGGUCCUAAGGGGCAGAAAGAUGCCGCAGGUGCCCAGGGGCAGCAGAACCCCAGGAAACGGGGCGCCGAGGGACAGGGGCCUGGCACCCCCUGGGCUGGGUUCCAGACCAAGGCGGAGGUGGAGCAGGUGGAGUUGCCGGAUGGGAAGAAGCGUAGGAAGGUUCUGACACUGCCGACUCACCGGGGGCCCAAGAUCAGGAAGCGCGACAGGGGCAAGCCAGCUGCGCCGAAGAAGCCGAAGGCCCAGGCCAGCCAGCGGCGGCAGGAGAAGCAGAGCGUGGCGCCCAGACAGGCACCGGGGAAGAGGCAGAGGUCGGCGGGGAGCCAGGCGGAGGCCCGCUUCGACCAGCUGGUGGAGCAGUACAAGCGGAAGAUCUUGGGCGGCACCCAGAGCGCCCCCGGGGCAAAGAGGAGCAAGUGGUUCGAGAGCUGAGCACCCAGGAGCCGCCGGGGGGGACUUGCCAGCACAGGGACUGUCACGUGACAGAGUAGUGCCAGCCGGUGCUCCACAAGGAGGUCCACAUGUGCCAGGCGGUGCCCGCACCCUGCACCCUCCCCCACCCAGCUCUGCCAUCUGCAGCUGGGGAGGGCCCAUCCUCUUCUGUUGGUUUCUCAGAUUUUUAUUAAUUUAAAUCUUUUUUUUUAA